CGGGAGGAGCCGCUCGAGGUGCUGGUCCCACUGUCGGACUGCAUCGCGGCAGCUGUGGGCGCCAGUCCGCCGUCGGGGCGCCCGUCGCCGUGCACCCCUUGCCCGGCCUGCCCAGAGGCAGGCGAGUCGUCUACGCCUUCCUGGACGCUGCAGAUCGGGACUGGGCUCCUGGGGCUGCUGUUCGUGGAGAGCGCCAAGCUCGUGCUCGCUCUUGCCCGUCGGCUCGGGAGCGCGUUGCGGCAGGUUGCUGGAGGCGUAGGCCCGCGCCCUCGCGUCGCCCUUGGCGACCGUGCGCGCACCUCGCCAGAGCCCGAGCGUGGUCUGGCCGAGGCUGUUGACUUCCACGCCCUCGCUCUCGAGCAGGCGCGGGCCAGCCAGCUCAAAAGCUCGCUUUCGCAGUGGUGGCUGGAUCUUUUUACUUGGUCAGAUACCGCGCACCUGGACCCGUCAUCAGGCUCGUGGGCCAGGGCGGUGCUCCAGCUGGCGUUGGAGGAGCUCACGUGCAUCGGUUUCGGCGUCUUCCGAGUGCUGCUGAGGCUUGGGCUGAGAUCGGGCGCGGAGUCGCGGCUGGUUUUCCGCGGCCAGCUGGCAACACCCUCAACCUUGAGCUCGCUGCUGGGAACGCUCUCGGGGUGGCGGCCGGCGCCCGCCCCCUCGUCGACCCGGGCGCACCUGCCGCGGCCCCCGCGGCCGUGGCCGCUGGCGGCGCCCCAGUGCUGGACGGGGGAGUCGGCGCCUUGGUCGCUGCCCUUGGCGGCGCUGCUCCCCCGCCCGCCCGUCGGCCUUGGCGCCGGAGCGCGUCCGGCGGCCGCGCCGGCGGUCCCUGGGGCCUUGGCGGUCCCUCCGCCGGCCGCCGCGGCUGCGGCUGCGCCGGCCGCUGCCCCUGAGGCGCCCGUGAUGGCGCAGCCCGUCCUGGCGCCUGCGCCUGGGCCCCCGGCUGCUGGCGCUGGCGCGGCCCCUCCCGACCCGCGGGUCUUGGCGGCCUCCUUCGACAUGCUGGGGCAGCGCCACAUCGAGUUCAGGGAGGGGGUGCUCAGGCUGGUCGAGCAUCCCUUGCCAGACUGGAGGCUCUCCGGGCCUAG